CACCGAACUGGAGAGUGGUGAUGAUAAACAAACUAAACGUGGGAACUUGCUCACCCUCCUGGGCGGCCUUAGUCGUCCACCCCUUCCGGCUACCUUCGCCUUACCUGUGCCUUUUUGAGGAAGAUCGGCCAGAUACCCACACAGGACUACCCCAGGGCCCAUAAGGAUCUAUAGAUCUUCGCGACCCUAACACCACCACCACCAACAACAACAAAUAGAAUAAGUCGCAGCCAUAACAACAGCUGACGGCCCAGUGACGGGAUUUCUUCUCUUCGGUAAUGGUAUUGUCGAAUAAGUGACAAGCGUUUUGGAAAUAAGCGUAUAGAGAAAAGAUAAGCACACCUACCAUCCACCAUGAAAAUCAGGCGCCAAAAAAAAUCCCAAAAGAUCCUUGCAUUCUUCCAGAGCAACUUUGCACUGCAGGCACCCUACACCGUCCUGCUGGACGCCACCUUCUGCCGCGCUGCCUUGGAGGGCAAAGUGCUUAUCAAAGAGCAAAUUCCAAAAUACCUUGGAGCCCAGACUAAGAUUGUCACCACUCAGUGCAUCAUCCUGGAGGUGGAGAAGCUAAGCAAGAUAAGUUCUAAAUUGUAUGGUACAUGGAUAGUUGUGAAACAGUUUCCUGUACACAAGUGUGGUCAUGAAGGAGAUCCUGUGCCUGCUUCUUUUUGUGCAAAAUCCCUCCUUGGCAAGAAUAAUCCAGGAAAGUACAUAAUGGCCAGCCAGGACCCUGAGCUGCGGUCACAUGUCCACCAGGAAGUGGUAGGCACCCCCAUCUUGUACCUACACCAGAGUGCCCCAACACUGGAGAAACCAACUAAAAAAGUGUACAAAUUGUCAUCACAUGAGGAGACCACCCUGAAGACACUGAAACGCAAGCACUUUGGAGAAACAAUACAGGAACCUCCAAGGAAGAAGAAAAAAGCAAAAAAUCCUCAUUCUUUGUCAUGUAAAAAGAGCAAAAAAGUUAAGCAAGCAAACCAGCAAAAGACAGAUGGAAAAAGGAAACGCAAACGACAUAAAAGGAAAGGUGGAGCUGCCAAAGAUAUGUCUAGGAGUGAAUAAAUCAAUAAAGUAUACGUGUUUUCAAAA